CACUCUAGUACGCUCUAGGUACAUUCCACGUAGAACUUGCAUCAUCCUAAAGGAUAACUUGGCCUACCUUAUCCACAACGGAAGAGUGAAAAUAAAUAUUAACAGAAAAAAAGGAAAAAGAAAAAGAAGAUUGAAGAAAAUAUCCACUCUUAUUUAAUCUGUGCCGCACCAAGACUGUCUAUGGAGCCACUUUACACUUUAUAAAUCCACUUCCAUCUCCUUCAAUUCAAUUCAAACCCUAAUCAAAACCCCAUUGCCAUACCUCAACACAGCUCCAAAUUUCUUCUGCAUAAUGGUGUUCAUCGUCCCGCCCCCAAAAUCCGCCGCCAACGGCAGCGACAUCCUGAUGAGCAUCCCGUCCCACAUCAUCAUCGAGAUCCUCUCACGUCUCCCGGCGAAAUCCCUCGUCCAGUGCAAAUCCGUCUGCAAGCAGUGGCUCGAUCUGACCUCCGAUCCCUACUUCGCCAAGCUGCAUUUCACCAGAUCAAAGCCCGGCGUCGCGAUCCACCAAUCGGAGCCGUCGAAGAACCUCCUCAGAGUCGCCGAUUUCGACGACUUCCAUGAUCCGACGGCCGAGAUCGACCUCAAAUCGCUCAGCCCGUCCCCCGAAGACGCCGCCAUCGUCGUCGACGGAUCCGUGAAGGGGCUGCUCCUCCUCCGCGACGCCAAUUACAAGCACGAGGCUCUGUACGUGUGCAACCCCCUCACGCGCGAGUACAUCGAGCUCGCGAGCCCUAAGCAGGUGGUUCGAUACCCUAGCGUGGUGACGCACGGAUUUGGAGUGACGAAGCGGAGCGAGGAAUUCAAGGUCGUGAGAAUCUAUCAGGAGAGGGAAAUGGAUCCGGGGAGCGGGUCCUGCUUGGGAAUCCCCAAUUCCGAGUGCCAAGUCUACACGCUCGGGACCGCGGAGUGGCGCGGCGUUGGAGACGCCCCUUUCGCCUACGACGGCCGCCUGAUCGGCCAGUUCUUCAGGGGGAAUCUUCACUGGCUGGUUGAGGAUUUGAACGGCCAGGAACUGAUCUCCUGCUUCGACCUCGAAAACGAGUCGUUCCACCCGUUCCCGCCCCCAUUUCCGGGCAGAAAACUGCUCGGAAGCGUCGGAGUGUUGGAUGAUUGCCUCUGCCUCUGCGAUAACACCUCAAAUUUCGAGGUGGAUAUCUGGGUGAUGAAGGAAUACGGAGUUGGGAAAUCGUGGAGUAAGAGAUUCGUGAUCAGGAAAAUGCCUGAAUUGAUUGGGCCAUCGUUUGAGAUCGUUCGAGUGCUCAAGGUCUUGGGAGAUGGCAACAUCUUGCUGGUGUGGGCGGAUUACUGCGUGCUGAAUUACUGCAGUAAAAGUGAAGUUACUCAAGAAGUUGACAUGGUUCAAUCCAGAGGGCCUAAUAGCGUUGAGGCUAUGCAUUAUGUGCCGAGCUUGAUGAGCCUGAAGAGCUUUGUUAUGGAAAAACUUGUGAUGUUUUAGUUUUUCUUGUAAAUUUCUUCAUGAAAAUCUGAACUAUAUUUGAUGUUCGGUUUUUCAUAGGUUGAAUCUUUCAUAUUAACUUGCUGUUUUCUUUGAUUGUUUA